CUCUAUUAUUUUUAUGUAACUAUACAUUUUUUUUCGUGUAUCAAUGGCUUUUUUUAAUUAUUUUUAUAAUUUAAGUAAAAUGAUUGGACCAAGAAUUAGUACAAAACUAAGGCCGUUAAUUAUAACGAGUCAGCUCCGUAAGGCCUAUUCAGAAUCGAUUUGUCAUAAAGGGUUGGUUCUGGGCUUGUACCGUGGUUGUCAACCAAGUGAGGUGCAUCUUACAGAACAAGCCCAAAUUUUUGAUACUUCUAUUCAGAAUCGAGUCAGUGAAUUUCUGAGACAGUCAAAUAUUGUUCAGCAAAAAGUAGUUGUGGCCCAUGGGCUUCACAAAGAUUAUUUGGCGGUGGCGUUUGUCGAUAUUGGACAGUCUAAAAACACUGAAUAUAACGAUCGAGAGAACAUGGAUCAGUGCUUAGAGUCGACUAGAGUAGGAACAGCUAUUGGCGUUCAAGCUUUACAAUCAUAUUUGGUGGAUGAGAUACACGUUGAAGCUAUGUCGAAUGCAGGCGCAGCAGCUGAAGGAUCAGUGUUAGGUGCAUGGUUUUUGGAGGGGUAUAAAAGCAUUGACUAUAUGUCACCAAAAAUACCAAAAAUUUGUCCAUUUAAUAUAUCAGAACACAACUCGUGGUUAGAAGGCAAAAUAUUAGGUGAAGCACAAAAUCUAUCCCGUGAAUUAGCCCAUAUGCCACCCAAUAUUGGGACCCCCGAAACAUUAUCUGCGCAUAUUUUAGACUUAAUGUGUUCAUGUAAAGUUGUCACUAACGUUAGACACGUAGAAUGGAUUAGGGAUAAAGGACUAAAUGUAUUGCUUAACGUAGCUAAAGGGUCACGUCGACCUCCUAUAUUGUUGGAUUUGAUAUACUGUGGAGGCAGUGAGAGUGAUAAACCCGUAGUGCUUGUUGGAGAUGGAUGCACUUAUGACUCAUGGGGUCUUUGCCUUCGUAAUAAUAAAUCAACUAAAUAUGGAAUGUUUCGUAAAUGUGGUGCAACAUCAGUUAUCGGCAUAAUGAAAGCUGCUGCACAGCUCUCUUUGCCAUUGAAAAUCAAUGCUUUAGUGCCAUUGUAUGAGAACAAACCCGGAGGAAUGGCACUCAAGCCUGGCUCGAUAAUUAAGACAUCAAAUGGUGAAACAGCUGAGGUACAUCAAACUAACGUUUCUUCUCGAAUGGUAUUAAGCGAUUUGAUAGCCUACAGUCAAAUAUUAAAUCCUCAAUGUAUAGUUAACGUAGCUUCCUUAUCAGAAGACACUCAAAAAUACUUUGAUAGCGGUGCUUGUGUCGUAUUUACUUCGGACGAAAAUCUUUAUGAAGAUAUUCGUGUCGCUUCGGUCAAAACCGGUGAUCGAGUUAUUCGUGCACCACUUUGGGACUUUUAUGGUACUAAGACUAAAUGGCCUACUUUGGGUGACGUGCGAGUUUUACCACAUCAGAAUUCUGGCGAUGCCAUGGCUGCUGCUAUGUUUCUAGAGAACUACAAACCACAGUGCUCUAGAAUGGUAACUUUAGAUAUUGCAGGUUCGGCGUUUUUGAGAAGUUCUAUACCCCAACAUUACCUUAGACCUAGUUUAAUGACUGGAAGUCCAGUCCGCACAGUUAUACAGUUAUUGAAGCAAAUUGCUUGCCCUAACGAUAACAAACAACUGGCCAGAAAUCAUGGUUAACCAAAUUAUUUUAUUAUUUUGUUUUUAUUUUAUU